ACAAAAGAGAGGCCACCAAAGCCAAGCAAAGGAAACGCCUCCGCUAACUCCGCCCACAGGUUCGCGUGCACUGCACGUCUGCACCCGGCAUUCCAAUCUCCGAUCCUAACCCCGUCGCCUACUAGGGGAGUGAGCAGCCCACAGCGGCUUCUGCUGCUUCCGGCGCCGAGGAGCCAAGGAGCUACUCCAGCUUGCAAGUUGGUGCAGAAGUUGCGUUUUAUUAACAUGAGCUCGCCCAACGCGUGGCUGUUGUCGGACAAUUCCAGGUACAGCACCCGCAUGCGGCUGCUGUUCAUGGGUCUCUCCUUCGGCAUCGGCAUCCUCACCUUCCUCCUCUACCUCGCGCUCUGGUACGUCUGCAGCUGCUGCCGGCGCCAGAGGGGCGCGGGUGGCGUGCCGGUGUCCGCAGCGGGCCAGGGCAUGAGCGCGGCCGCGAUCGCCGCGCUCCCGACGUUCGCGUACGAGGGCGCCGAGCCGGCGGCGGCAGCGGCAGCGACGGACUGCGCGGUGUGCCUCGGGCAGGUGGAGCCCGGCGAGAAGGUGCAGCGGCUGCCCAAGUGCGCGCACUUGUUCCACGCCGAGUGCGUCGACGCCUGGCUGCGCGCGCACUCCACGUGCCCCAUGUGCCGAGCCGCCGUCGGCCCGGCCGCCGCCGCCACCGCCAAGAAGACCGGCGCCACCGAGACCAUCACCCCGGUGCCAGCACCGGCAGAAGCGUUGCCACCUGUGUAGCGUCGCGUGUCCGGACCACCGCGUGGGAAAGCUUGAGCACAUGCAUGAUUGGCGACUAGCUACACUGCUACAGUAGUGACAGUACUAGGGUGUAACCUAACCUAGGAUAUAGAGGUUUAAAUUAAUCAUAUUGAUUUAUUUGGUUCAUGCGUACUUGU